AUUUUAUUCAAGAAACAAUACCUGCAAAAAUUCUCAAGAUCUUAAACCAUGUCGAUCACUACGUGUUUGGCUUCACAAAAUUCCACUGUUAAAUCAAAUCUGCAUGAAACCCUAAUUCAUAAUCACAGAUCCCAUGUUAAUCUACCAUUGAAUAUCAUUUCUGGUUUUCCGAUCACCAACAACCCAGUAACAGUUCUCGCCACCACCAUCUCCACCGCCAGAUGGCGGUCGAUGAUUGUUCAUGCUAACGUGGAACCUGCCGGAACACCACCUCCACCGCCUACUGGUUCUCCUCCUGGUUCUUGGAAAAAUUGGAUUAUUGGGAUUUUGAUGACAUUUAUUAUUCCUUUAGUUACCACCAAAGGAGGUCCAAUAAAAUUACUUCUGCAGAAAGUUGAUCAGAUUGUGGACACGGCGGAGCAUAUAACGGAUAUAGUGGAAGCGGUGGCGGAUAAGGUGGACAAAGUGGUGGAAGAAAUCGAAGAUGAUCUACCGGAAGGUAGCCAAAUCAAGAAGACUCUUGAUUACAUCGAAAGUGUGGCUGAAAGAGUCGAAAAAGAUGCUCAUAUUGCCGGCGAUUUCAUAGAUAAGGUUCAAGAAAUGCAAGAUAAGAUGGAGGAUAUGAUGGAACCCGUAUUAGAGGAGGCUCUUGAAGUUGCUAAAGAAACCAAGGAGAAGGAAAGAGCAAAAAGACGUUGAUGACAUAAACACCCGUAAAAAUUAAAUUAUCAGUAAAGAGAUGAGUCAUCUUCUAUAUAUAUCAGCGUUUAUGUGUCGCCCGAUUUUUAGCUGUCCUCAAAGACUUAAAACGCUCGACUUUAAAAGGGUUGACACCUGCAGAUCACUCGAUUUCAGAGCAAUUUGACACGUAAAUGUAUUAUGGUGUAGACUUAAUUAGAUGUAUAAUGAGCAUGGUAUCAUGUAAGAGAGGUUUUCAUCUCAA